CGCUGCUGGGCUCGCGGCCGGCGGUCCGGCCCCUCCGCCGCAGCCGCCAUGUCCAUGAAGGGCCGCUUCCCGAUACGCCGCACCCUGCAGUACCUGGGCCAGGGGGACGUAGUGUUCAAGGACUCGGUGAAGGUCAUGACGGUGAACUACAACACGCACGGGGAGCUGGGCGAAGGCGCCAGGAAAUUCGUGUUUUUCAACAUACCUCAGAUCCAGUACAAGAACCCCUGGGUACAGGUCAUGAUGUUUAAGAACAUGACGCCAACACCCUUCCUACGGUUCUAUUUAGAUUCUGGGGAGCAAGUCCUUGUGGACGUGGAGACCAAGAGCAAUAAGGAGAUCAUGGAGCACAUCAAAAAGAUUCUGGGGAAGAAUGAGGAAACCCUCGAGAAAGAGGAGCAGGAGAAAAAACAGCGUUCUCACCCAGCCCACUUUGGCCCCCGGAAGUAUUGCCUGCGGGAGUGCAUCUGUGAGGUGGAGGGGCAGGUGCCCUGCCCGGGCCUAGUGCCAUUGCCCAGGGAAAUGACAGGGAAGUACAAAGCAGCUCUGAAAGCCAGGGCCCAAGACUGAGGCCCCAGAAAAGCCCCUGCUCUUAUUUCCCGAGGGACUGAAAAUCUCUUUGCAAUAAAAGGGUCUCCUUUACAAAAAAAAAAAAAAAAAAAAAAAAUCCUUGCAGUAAAACAGGAAAAAAAAAAGUAGUGAGAGCCUGAAUUGAGAUUAUGGCAACUGUGAAGAAAGAGAAGGGAACUGAUACAAAAUAAAUUGGUAUAAAGGGAAUUUAAUAUCUGACGUGGGGAUGAUUAGACAAAAAGAGGAAGGAGAAUGGGAUAAUCCCUGAAUCUCUGGGAUUUCACUAUGAGAACACAGAGAAGCAGCCAAGGUGGUUGUGGACAUGCUGAGUUAGAGAUGCUUACUGGGCCUGAACAGUUGACCUAUAAAGGAUGUUUUUAUUUAUUUAUUUAUUUAUUUAUUUUUGGCUGCGUUGGGUCUUCGUUGCUGCACGUGGGCUUUCUCUAGUUGCGGCGAGCGAGGGCUACUCUUUGUUGCAGUGCACGGGCUUCUU